CCUCUGCACGGUUUCCUCUCACAUCAGUUUUUCUGUUGUUGGCGUCUUGACAUGAUUUGUGUCAUCGGCUCUUUUGUCUGUCUGUCUUCUUCCCCUGCUUGUCUCACACUGAUUCUGUGAUGGACGCCGGCCUGGUUGUGAUCUCAGCUCUUUUGCUUGUGACUUUUCCUGAAGCAGCAACGACAACACCAGGGAGUAACUCCACUGCGACUGCGGGGCCCAGUACCACCCUGAGUACCACUGCAAGGACCACUAAAUUGACCAAACGUCCCCCCACACCCACAAUAUUUCCACCUCUCCUGGGACUCUUCAUAGUCAUCUGGACAAAACAGUGUGAAGGGAAUGUGCACAUAGUCAUGAAUUUUCCCUACAAUUACACCCCCCCCUUAGCUGUUUGUUACAGUCGGGAGAUAAAGGCUAGGCAGAAAAAUUUUGAAAAGUAUUUUUAUCAAAAAAAGAAAGGCUGUAAUGACCCACUGGAGUUUGGCAAAGGCGAAGAAAUGGAGGGAUAUGACAUAGACAUGGGACAACGCAGCUAUCGGUGCAAUGUACUGACAGUCAAAUCCACAGUUGAGAAGCCCCCAGAUCUUAAGGGGCAGCUGCACACCUACAAAGUUGUGACAGCUUUGCUCGCCUGUGUGCUGAUUCUCCUUUUACUGAUCCGGUUCACCAGACCCACCGUACAAGCUCUGCAGAGGAAACUAUCAGAUAAGAGGCAGAAUCGCUGGAUCGGGCCUACCCAGAGCCACAGUGUGUCUUACCAGCGGGGGAAAACUGCUGUUGUAAACAAUGAUGGAGAGAACAGACUGUCUUACCCUGCUCUGGAGCGCCUGGUAGUCAGUAACAGCAGAGAGCCUUCGUCAAACAGGAACAGCGGCUUCAGCUUCUGACAUGCCUCUUCCCCUUCAUCGUCAUUCAUGUCACGUGGCCUCCACAUGUGCUUCUCUGCGUGCGACUGUUUCUCAAUGAUGUCGUAGACCACCGUGUGCAGCAAUAACAGCAAUGAAACGUUUCCAGAAUUAGUGUCAGGACCUCGAAAUGGACGCUGCUCCAAAUCAGUCAUUUGUGCUUCUCUAACAAUUCUUUUGAAAUGUUCCUUUUACAGAACAGUGUGUUUGUCCUUGCUGCUCUACUGUGGUUGUUCAAUGUUCUCUAACCCUAUUCACUUAGCUGUACAAUGUGACAUUCACCGCAUAUUCAAAUUGUUCAUGAUAAUGAAACUGCAGCAGCCAUCCUUGGGCUAAGCCCUGAGAUCCAUCACAUUUUUUUUGUAAAUACUAUCUUUAUGGAACAUGUCAUGUUAUAUACAUUGAUAAUGAAUGGAGGCAAGGACUUGAUGUUCUUCUCACAAGAAUGUUCCCAAAAAAAUUUAUUUCAGCCAUGAUAUAAAUUUUCAAGGAGAUCCCAAAAUUUUUUUAGCCACUCUCAUUUCGCAACUUGCUCUUGGAGUGGUCUUUAUUGGUCGACCACUCUGUGGAGGGUAACAGUCGUCUUUAAUCUCUAUAAUUUGUUCAUAAUCUAUUUUUUUACAGAUAACUUUUUUUGGUUGAAUUGUUAACUCCAGCAGCAGGAGUUGGCUCAUGUUCUUUCACUAAAAUGCCACAGUACAAGCCAGUGUUUUAACAUAACAUCCAAAAGGAGCAACAUAGAAAACACUUAUUCUCAUAUAUACGUGGUUUCACCACAGCUUUUCAGGUACUGUGUGUUUUUCACGUUUUAGUUUGGCCAGCAGUUCCCUCUUCUUCCAGUCUUUCUGUGAAGCAAGGUGUGUUACUGUAGAAACCUAAAAUCCCUGUACAUAAAUACAAAAGAUAAUCAGCGAUCAAACUGAGAAAAAUUUUAAACAACAUGUAAGAAAAACCUUACUAAAAUGUCUUGAUUGUAUUAUUGUUAUUAUUAUUAACUAUUCAUAUUAUGAACUAUAUUGUUAUUUGAAUUUCAAUAAAAUGAUGCAGCCAACUUGUCUUAGA